AUGUACCAACAUACGCCCGAUUUCUAUGGCGAGGACUCGAUCCCGCGGCCUCCAAUUGCCCUGAGCCCCAUCUUGCGGCCCGGAGGGUUGCCCCCAAUGAUUGUCGUUAACAUUUUCCAGCCGUUUAUGCCCACUCCGCAAAAAGUCUCUACGGCUGCCGUGGCGAACCUGAACAUGAUCCACCCGCCGACCCUAGGAGCUGAAGACGGCAACAAAACAUUCAUGGUUUCCGGGCGCGACGACCUGAAGUCCAUGGGCCUCAAGGGCAACAACCAGAACAAAAAUCGUGCCGUCAAUUCCUACCCGGUGUUCCCGAACGAGGUGAAGACGCAGAUGAACACGGACGAGGAGGAGUUCAACAACAUCUCCAACAAGGAGACGAAAAACGGCUCCCAGGUGUCGAAGAAGUACGGCGCCCCAAACAAGGAGUAUGGUAUCACGCAGGGCAGCUCUGAGGGCAUCGACUGCAAGAAUACUGACCGUAUCCCCGACAACAAGCAC